AUGACAUCUUUACCAAAAAUAGUAAACGAGCAUCGUGAGGGGAAGUUUGGAUAUGUAUACGCAGUAUCUGGACCUGUCGUUACGGCGGAGAGAAUGUCCGGAUCAGCUAUGUACGAACUGGUCCGUGUUGGUUAUUACGAGCUAGUAGGAGAAAUCAUUCGUUUAGAGGGUGAUAUGGCGACUAUUCAAGUAUACGAAGAGACAUCAGGAGUAACAGUGGGUGAUCCAGUUCUCCGAACUGGUAAGCCCUUGUCAGUCGAACUGGGUCCAGGUAUUCUUGGCAGUAUUUUUGACGGUAUCCAGCGUCCACUAAAAGACAUUCACGAGCUGUCUGGAUCUAUUUACAUCCCUAAGGGUGUUAAUAUACCAUCGCUAUCUCGUACCGCGUCUUGGGAGUUCAAUCCUUUGAAUAUUAAAACCGGUAGCCAUAUGACUGGUGGUGAUUUGUACGGAAUUGUUCAUGAAAAUACUCUUGUUAAACAUAAAAUGAUUUUACCACCCAAGAGCAAGGGAACAGUUACUUAUAUCGCACCAGCUGGUAAUUACACUGUUGAUGAUGUUAUUUUAGAAACUGAAUUUGAUGGUGAAAGAAAUAAAUUCACUAUGUUGCAGGUUUGGCCAGUACGUCAACCAAGACCAGUAACUGAAAAAUUACCAGCAAACCAUCCACUUCUAACUGGACAACGAGUAUUGGAUUCUCUGUUCCCAUGUGUACAAGGAGGAACAACAGCCAUACCUGGUGCUUUUGGUUGUGGUAAAACUGUAAUUUCCCAAGCUCUGUCAAAGUACUCAAACUCUGACGUAAUUAUUUACGUCGGUUGUGGAGAACGUGGUAACGAAAUGUCCGAAGUACUGCGUGAUUUCCCAGAGUUGACAGUUGAAAUUGACGGUGUUACCGAAUCAAUCAUGAAGCGUACUGCACUGGUCGCAAAUACAUCAAACAUGCCUGUAGCUGCUCGUGAAGCUUCUAUUUACACGGGUAUUACUUUAUCAGAGUAUUUCCGUGAUAUGGGUUACAACGUUUCCAUGAUGGCGGAUUCAACUUCUCGUUGGGCCGAAGCUUUGAGAGAAAUUUCAGGACGUCUCGCUGAAAUGCCUGCUGACUCUGGUUACCCAGCUUACUUGGGAGCGCGUCUUGCCAGUUUCUAUGAACGUGCUGGAAGAGUUAAAUGUCUUGGUAAUCCUGACCGUGAAGGAUCCGUAAGUAUUGUUGGUGCAGUAUCACCACCUGGAGGUGACUUCUCAGACCCUGUUACCAGUGCAACACUGGGUAUCGUCCAGGUGUUCUGGGGUCUUGACAAAAAAUUAGCACAGCGCAAACAUUUCCCAUCUAUCAAUUGGUUAAUUUCGUACAGUAAAUAUUUGCGUGCUCUUGACGAUUUUUACGAUAAAAAUUUCCAAGAAUUCGUCCCACUGCGUACUAAAGUAAAAGAAAUUCUUCAAGAGGAAGAAGAUCUUUCUGAAAUUGUACAGUUAGUUGGUAAAGCUUCACUUGCUGAAACUGAUAAAAUUACAUUGGAAGUUGCUAAAUUGUUGAAAGAUGAUUUCUUACAACAAAACAGUUAUUCACCAUACGAUCGUUUCUGUCCAUUUUAUAAAACAGUGGGCAUGUUACGUAACAUGAUUGCAUUUUAUGAUAUGGCUAGACAUGCUGUUGAAUCUACAGCUCAAUCUGAUAAUAAAAUUACAUGGAAUGUUAUACGUGAUAGUAUGGGAAAUAUAUUAUAUCAAUUAAGUUCUAUGAAAUUCAAGGAUCCAGUCAAAGAUGGUGAGGCUAAAAUUAGAUCAGAUUUUGAUCAAUUGUAUGAAGAUAUUCAACAAGCUUUCAGAAAUUUGGAAGAUUAA